GGUAUGUUAAUAUCUCUCCCUAUUAGCUUAUGAUGAUAACAAUCACUGUCUGCUUAACUUUUCAUCUUGUUUAGAAAUCAAAAUAAUCUCUGCUUUUAUUCUUGUAGAUCUUUAAAUUCAUGAAUUUUGAGUUUCAUAUUAAAAGAACAAAAAAAAAUUGAGGAUGCAAAUUUGUUUGGUAGAUUUACUUUUAUCAUUGCUAAUUUUGGUGGUUAGUAUUUGCUUAAUAAGUUUAAAAAAUAACUCAUUUGUCAAGGAACUAGAAAUGAAUUAAGCUGUUUUAUUUAUUCUGGUUGGUGUAGAUUCUCCUGCAUCUAUCUGUAGAGGUUUCAUUACUUCUAUUAGUUAUUCUCUAGAAUAAUAUAAUGUAAUACUGAUGAAAAAGAUGUUGGACAAGUUAGGCAAAGAAUUGCCUUGUCGGAGAGGCCAGUGUCCUCAGAGUAAUGCUAAACCUUAACUCAUUGCCUUGCGGCUUGAGGCUUUCUUAAGCAACCUCACCGCUUCAACAUUAGAUUUGAUUUGGUAUAUACUAUAAACCCUUGGUUCAAUGAACCUCCUAGCAAAAUCCAUAUCCCAGGAAUCUUAAACCUUAAUUUAAUAAUGGGAAGAUCACUGGUUCCCAUGGCUGUUCUUGUUUAUAUCUUUCUGCUGUUCUCUGUUUCUUAUUCCUCCACGUUCGUCCUCACGAAUAACUGUCCCUUUACCAUCUGGCCCGGCACUCUUGCAGGCUCUGGCACCCCACCACUACCCACCACAGGCUUCAAGCUUGAUGUGGGACAGUCCGUUAGCAUUCCAUCGGCUCAAGGCUGGUCAGGUCGAAUAUGGGCCAGAACCGGCUGCAACUUCGACGCCAACGGUACAGGAAAAUGCACCACCGGCGACUGCGGCGGGAAGCUGGAGUGUGCCGGCAGUGGCGCAGCCCCUCCGACUUCCCUUUUCGAGAUCACGCUCGGUCGCAGUCCCGGUGACAAAGACUUCUACGAUGUUAGUCUCGUUGACGGGUACAACCUCCCCAUAGUUGCCUUCCCGAGAGGCGGUGGACUGGUUGGAGCUUGUAAUGCCACGGGAUGCGUUGCUGAUAUCAACGUUAGCUGUCCGAAGGAGCUUCAGGUGAUGGGAGAGGAGGAGGAAGAGAGGGGAGGGGUUGUUGCUUGCAAGAGCGCUUGUGAGGCCUUUGGAUUGGAUCAGUAUUGUUGCAGCGGUCAGUUUGCUAAUCCAACCACGUGCAGGCCGUCUUCUUACUCUACCGUCUUCAAGAGAGCUUGUCCUAGGGCUUAUAGUUAUGCCUUUGAUGAUGGGACUAGUACUUUCACUUGUCAAGCUUCUGAAUAUGUUAUUAUCUUUUGCCCUGGCAGGGUUAAAAGACCAAACAGCCAAAACUCGGAUCCUCCUAGCCCGCCUCAGAAUCCAUAUGGUCAACCUAUGGCUCCACCGACUCAGAAUCCUUAUGGUCAACCAAUGGCUCCACCAACUCAGAAUCCUUAUGAACAACCAAUGGCUCCUCCAACUCAGAAUCCUUACGGUCAACCAAUGGCUCCACCAACACAGAAUCCUUAUGGUCAACCAAUGGCUCCUCCAACUCAGAAUCCUUAUGGUCAACCUGUUGCUCCUGAGACUCAGAACCUGCCUGGACCAAGUCAGAAUCCAAACGGGGAAUCAACGACUCCCCCACCUCAUGAUCAGUUCAUGAUGCCUCCUCCCAUUGUAAACCAAGAUCCAGACGACCGGUUUAUAAAUCCGCCAAUAGUGGAUGAGAGUCAAAGAGCUGAAACUGGGAAGGUUGGUAAGACUCAUUCCUCGUCUGACAUGCUUCGACCUUACCCUGUCUUGUUGCUUAUUGGCCUCAGUCUAGUUGCUUUGAGGCAAUCAUGCACAACAUGAAACGUCACUGUUCUUCCUUUUUAAUCAGAAUCGAUACAUAAACUAUGUGGAAGGAAGCAAACAGAUUAUGUUUCCUGUCUUCCUAGAGAUUCUCAACUCUAUUCGUCAAAGUCCUUAGAUUACCUUGAAUUGUUUGAAUUGGGUUCACAAUUAUACAUGUAAAACUACUUUAUUCCAUGUAUAUGGUGGUGUCUCAACUAAAUAAUGAAAAUAACAAAGAAAAAAAAAAAGACAAAUCAAAA